CCAUCCAUCAUCCCGCCGGCCACCACUAAAAACACCUUCCACCAUGGCCACCUCAGCAAGUUCCCACCUGAACAAAAGCAUCAAGCAAAUGUACAUGUUCCUGCCGCAGGGUGAGAAAGUCCAGGCCAUGUAUAUCUGGGUUGAUGGGACCGGCGAAGGGCUGCGCUGCAAGACCCGCACCCUGGACUGCGAGCCCAAAUGUGUCGAAGAAUUACCCGAGUGGAAUUUCGACGGCUCUAGUACCUUUCAGUCUGAGGGCUCCAACAGUGACAUGUAUCUUAGGCCGGUCGCCAUGUUCCGGGACCCCUUUCGCAAAGAGCCCAACAAGUUGGUGUUCUGUGAAGUUUUCAAGUACAACCGGAAGCCUGCAGAGACCAAUCUAAGACACACCUGUAAACGGAUAAUGGACAUGGUGAGCAACCAGCACCCCUGGUUUGGAAUGGAGCAGGAAUAUACUCUCAUGGGAACAGACGGACACCCUUUUGGUUGGCCUUCCAAUGGCUUCCCUGGGCCCCAAGGUCCAUACUACUGUGGUGUGGGAGCAGAAAAAGCCUAUGGCAGGGACAUCGUGGAGGCUCACUACUGGGCCUGCUUGUAUGCUGGAGUCAAGAUUACAGGAACAAAUGCCGAAGUCAUGCCUGCCCAGUGGGAAUUCCAAACAGGACCCUGUGAAGGAAUCCGCAUGGGAGAUCAUCUCUGUGUGGCCCGUUUCAUCUUGCAUCGUGUAUGUGAAGACUUCGGGGUGAUAGCAACCUUUGAUCCCAAGCCCAUCCCUGGGAACUGGAAUGGUGCCGGCUGCCAUACCAACUUUAGCACCAAGGCCAUGCGGGAGGAGAACGGUCUGAAGUACAUCGAGGAGGCCACUGAGAAACUAAGCAAGCGGCACCAGUACCACAUUCGCGCCUACGAUCCCAAGGGGGGCCUGGACAAUGCCCGGCGCCUGACUGGAUUCCAUGAAACCUCCAACAUCAACGACUUUUCUGCUGGCGUUGCCAACCGCAGUGCCAUGCUGGAAUUACAGGUUGGAGUCACCAUGCUCUAUACUCCGUGUUGCCUGAGAUUACAUCCCAUCGUCCUGGGCCAUAAGUAG